AUGGCUACCUUUCAGCAAAAGAUCUUAAAUAUGAUCAAGUGUUUUAGAAGACAAUGGUGCUUAUUUUCAAUCUCAGAAAGGACUACUGUUUGUGGUGCAGACUGCAUGAUGAUGGUUUUACAGCUAUCAAUGGCUGAAGUCAAUAAACAGCUUCAUGGAGAUUUCACAGUAUCUUUUAGUGAUGUGGUGGAAACCUGGAAAUACUUGCUACAUGAUAAACUGGGAUUGACAUGUGAGAAUAUGGAAGCACCUGAAAAUUAUUCUGAUAUCAAAAAAGCUUAUGACUCUUUCUUAAAGAGGAGUAAUAUGUUAGAUCUAAUUGAUAUCUGCCAGAAGUGUCAUACAUUAACACCUGAAUCUGAAAUUGAAGACAUGUCCCCUGUUCAACUGUUAAAAUUUAUCUCUGGCUUAUCAGAAGAGAACGGUUCUAGUCUUUCCAUACCCUCAACGCCAAUGAGACACAGCCAGGAUAAUGUGAAGUUGCUAUUGAUCGUGAAGAAGUUUGUUUAUGCAUAUUUAAGCCUGUUGGUGAAUUCUAAGAAUGAUCUGGCCCUGGCUCAUGUUCUAAAUAUUCCUGAUAGAGGACUUGGAAGAGAAGCCUUCACUGACCUAAAGCAUGCUGCACAGAAGCGACAAAUGUCCAUUUUCCUGGAUAAAUUACAUGAAGCCAAAAUAUUUUCCAUUGAGGAGGCAAGGUCCUAUGAACCGCAUGCAAUCCACAGCAAAUCUUUAACAGAGCAAAGAUAUGAAUGUUGGCCGAUGGCAACAUCUUUCAUCCGAAUGAUAGAACUUGGAGGAAAAGGUUAUGCACCUUCACCAUUUGAUACUUUAAGAACCCAUGUAAAGGGACUUUCAGACUUUGUUAAUUUUAUCGACAAGCUGGAAGAAAUCAUUGGCGAAGUCCUGGAUCCACGAAUUGCAGGGGGGCGAAUUCUAUCAACAAUCAAGAUGCACUUGAUAAAAGGCCGAAACAGUGGGGAUCCAUUCUGUCGAGCAGCAGAGGAAGUUUUACAAGAUUUGGAUUUGAGGAUUAAAAAUAUUAUCAAUUCUCAACAUGAAGCUGUGACUGCUCGCACCACUGGAAUUAGUCCAGCCCGGCCAAAAUUACAUGUCAUAAACCAUGGCACUGCCUACUGUGGCAGAGAAACUGUGAAGGCCUUACUAGCUCUUUUGGAUGAAGAAGCUGCCAAUCUUCCUACCAAAAACAAAGCAGAACUAUUAUAUGGUGAUGAAAAUGUAUCUCCAUUUGGAAUCACCUCUGUCUUAACACUCUUUAGAUCUCCAGCACAAUCCACUGGGUCUUCUCCAAAACCUCUCAGACAACGUAUUAAAACAUCUGUUGGUGAAAGAAAAAUUAAGAUGAAGCAACCCUUAAUCAGGUCCCAGUUCGCUUGUACCUACAAGGAUGACCUGAUGACUGAGAAGAAGGGUCAGCACUUCUUCAGUAGGAGCCAAAUCCCGACUUGCAUACAUCCAGCACCAAAACAAAUGCUUUCUCUCUGUUUAGAGGCUGAGACUUUUGCAGAAGGUGUAAAGUCAUCUCCUGAAAGACCAGCACUUGGAACCAGUUCUGGAAAUGUUCUUCAGAAUGGAAGUAAAAAUGAAAAAGCAAAAAGUUGUCAGCCAAGAAACAAGAGCUCAAAGAGGAAACACAUGGCUCUGAAUAGUGAGAAAGUCAUCUGCAAUAAUGAAAAUGAACCAUCUCAGUACACAAAUAUUAAGAGACCCAAGAUACCAAACAUACUACAGGAGAAAUUGGACAGCAAACUAGAUGGAGCAGCAAAAGGCAACAAGGCUACAGCCAAGAAUAAAUUGAUUGCUGGUCAGAAAAAGUUAACUGACUUUUUUUAG